AAAAGGCGUUCCGUUCGGACCAUUCCUGGACAGUUCACGUUCAUCUGGGAAAGUUUCAGCUUAUCGGUCCGUGAAGAGAAAACGCUACGAAGAAAAUGGAGGAUAUUUUCCAUUGGUGUCGAGAAGGGAAUGCCUUCCAGGUUCGCGUGUGGCUCGAAGACACCGAGCACGACAUGAAUCAAGGGGACGAUCACGGCUUCACCGCGCUCCAUUGGGCGGCUAAGGAGGGACAUGUGAACAUUGUGGAUCUCCUCAUCAACCGGGGAUGCAGAGUUAACGCAUUUAAUUUGGGAGACGAUACGGCGCUCCAUCUCGCAGCAGCCCACGGUCACCGAGAAGCCGUUCUAGUGCUGCUGAAUAACAAGGCGGACGUCAACGCCAUCAACGAGCAUGGCAACACUCCCCUGCAUUAUGCUUGUUUCUGGGGAUAUGGUCAAAUCGCCGAGGACUUGAUCAAUGCCGGGGCUCACGCGGCCAUCGCCAAUAAGUACGGCGAGACUCCGUUGGACAAAAGCAAGGGUCUCGUGGCGGAGAAGCUCAGAGAUCUGGCGACGGAGAAAGGCCAAGACUUGUCUCCGAUUGCGUACAAGGACUUCUCCUGGUCGGGCACGAAGACUCGCGCAAGAGAUGCGACUCUGUCCCGUCAUCGACACAUACAAUUGGAGCAGCUGAAGUUCUUGCAGAAGAUUGCUGUCAGCCACACUGGGGAAACUUGGAAAGGAAAUUUCCAAGGCAACGAAGUAAUUUGCAAGAUGUUGAAAGUCGGAAACGUGACUCGAAGGAUCGAAAGCGAUUUCAACGAUCAAUAUCCGCGACUGAGGAUUUUCUCCCACCCGAAUAUCCUUCCGGUCAUCGGUUGCGUAUCGCAGCCGCCUCAUCUGAUCGUGGUGCAACAGUACUUGAAGUACGGAUCGCUGUACGACGUGUUGCAUGGCAACCACCGCGAGAACGUCGUCGUCGACAAUGCCCAAGCUCUGCGUUUUGCGCUGGACAUCGCGAGGGGAAUGGCUUUCCUCCACACUUUGGAGCCUAUGAUCCCGAAUCUGUGCUUGAGUACGAAGCACGUCAUGGUCGACGAGCUACUCAGCGCUUACGUUAGCAUGGCCGACGCUCGAUUCACUUUCGAGCAACCAGAGAAAUGCUUCGAGCCAGCAAGCUACUCACCUGAAAUUCUUCAGAAGAAACAGAGUGACAUCAAUUGGAAGGCGGCCGACAUGUGGUCGUUCGCCAUUGUUCUCUGGGAGUUGGCCACCCGCGAAAUCCCCUUUUCGAAUUUGCCACCAAUGAUAAUGGGAAUGAAAAUAGCGACUGAGAAUCUGAGAGUUCCUAUACCUCCUGGUAUCUCGCCCCAUAUGGCUCGUUUGAUAAGAAUCUGCAUGAACGAGGACCCUGGGAAAAGACCUACGUUCGAGCAGAUCAUACCGAUAUUGGAGAAAAUGGUCGCGAAGUGAUCCUCGCUGACCAGCAUAAUCGCCGAGACACGUCGAGACGAGGACAUCUAUUUCUUUAACUACGGAGAC